CUGCAGCUAGCUUGCUCCGCCCAGAGCUCGCAAGCCAUGAGUUAUCUGCUCAAGACCAGGCGUGAAUCGACGCAGCAAAAAGCAGCGUCUUCAGAAGAACAACAGCGAAAGAUAUAUGAGGUUCGGGAGCUGCUGGGCGAACUGCCGACGGAGAUGCCGGGCUUCCUGACGGACGGCACCAUCCGCCGGUUCCUCCGAGCAAGGAAAUGGAGCACGGAGCAAGCGACCAAGGUUCUGAAAGAAGCAGUCAAGUGGAGGCGUCAGUUCAAGCCAGACAAAAUCUGUUGGGAUGACCUCGCUGGCUGGGAGAACGAGGCUCGGAGAGCAUAUAUACCGGACUAUGUCGACAAGAAUGGACGAACUGUGGUCGUCAUAAAGACGUCAAUAAAGAGCAUAACUAAAGCAAAGGAACAAAUUAAGCACCUAGUGUAUAACCUGGAAAAUAUAGCCAUGGACUCAGAAGACGCACAAGAAGAUAAUGUUGUUUGGAUGUGUGACUUCCGAGGUUGGACACUAUCAUCUACGCCACUACGGGAGGCCCGUGAAUCUUUGUACAUAAUUCAGAACUAUUAUCCAGGGUUGGUUGCAGCCGCAAUUCUUAGCAACCCACCGAGGAUUUUUGAAUCCUUCUGGAAGAUAUUGAAGCACUUCAUCGAGCCAACGUUGAAUGAGAAAGUGAAAUUUGUGUACACCAACAAUUCAGAGAGCCAGAGGAUAUUGGCAGAUAUGUUUGACCUAGACAAGGUGGAGUCUGCGUUUGGAGGAAGAAACACAGAUGACCUUGAUAUUAUCAAGUAUGCUGAGAGAAUGAGAAGGCGAGAUCAGAUAAGGGGAGCUCGGAUGCCUGCAAAUUGCAACACCUCUUCUUGACCACGAAUGAAUUCGAGUUCCUUGAAAAGAGUACAUGAUCUCCACUGUCAACAGCUAAGCUGGACGAAUGAGACUGAAACUUUGUUUGUAUACAUGCACCAAGACAUGGAUCAAAUAAAUUAAGUUAGAUAAUUAUGAAUGCAUAGGAGGUUAAUCGUUAAAGAUCUCCCUGAUAUUGUUCAUGAUUUGUUUUGUCGAGUUCUCAUAUAACAGAAAUGUUGGGAUA